UUGUAUCGACUGGAAUACUUCAACGACGAGCUCGAGAUCAGUGACGAUAUUCUCCGCUACAUCAGGUUGCUUGAUCUGGAGGAAUUCGAGGAUACGGAGGCAUAUGCUUACCGGUAUUUGACUCUGGAGUUCUUCAGCACAGUCGCCAAGCACGAAAAUGGGAAGUACCUCACGGCUCGACUUAAGGGCACGAAAUAUAAAAUCACGACAAGCCCCAUGGGAUUCAAGGUUGAUCCGCACUGGGCGGUCAUCUCCCCCUGCGAGACAUACAAGAAAUUGGGGCCGUCUUCGGGUCUAAUCAACGACUUGGCUCAUGUGGUGAUCCACAAGUACAUAUCUCAGAUGAUCUUCGGCAAGAAGGAGUUGAACAAGGUGAGCGAGCAGCAGGUGUUCAUCUUGUGGUCGAUUUCUCACGACAAGCCGGUAACCAUGCUCCAAUACUUAAAGGACACCCUGUUCGACAUACGCAACGACACGAGGCGUGGUCCGAACAUGGGCCAUGUGGUGUCCAAGCUAGCAGACUACUUUGGGGUUGAGACCGACGAACCCCCAAUCCGUGCCAAAUCGAUUUCACGGAAGGACCUCUAG